AUACCUGCUCUUUCAGCUGUCAGAAGACAUCACUGAAGAUGAGCUGAAGUCUUUCAAGUUUCUUUUGGGGAAAGACUUACCAAAAUGCAGGCUAAACCCUAAGACUACAAUGCUCGACGUUUUCAUUGAGAUGGAGAAGAAGGGGAUUUUGGGAGAAGACAACCUAAGUAUCCUGAAGAGUCUCUGUGCAGAAAUUAACAUCAUCCUGUUGAAGAGAAUUGAAGAGUAUGAAUUAAACCCAUUUGGUGAAGAAGAGAUGAUCACAGAGGAACAGAGCGUCAGCACAGGAGGCCCUGAAGCCCAUGCCAGAUGGCUGGAGUCAUCUGUAGCACCUGAUUCUCCUGGCAGUUGGAACGAAUCUUCCAAGCUUGAAGCUUACAAAAUGACUAGCCGACCCCGUGGAGUGUGCCUGAUCCUGAAUAAUCACAAUUUUGCAAAAGCCAGGGAAGCAGUGCCGGUACCCAAAAACAUGAAGGAUCGGAAUGGGACAGAUGUGGAUGCAG